AUGUGCCAUCGGAAAAAGACCAAAUGCGAGAUUGAAGGGUCUAGUACGGCCUGUAUACAAUGUAUACGCCGCGGUACACAUUGUGUUCUUCCGGCGCGAAAAGAGAAGCGAGAUGAUUCGCAAAGUGGCGAUGAUUAUGUCCAUUCUUUGAAAGAGCGGCUUGUCAAAAUUGAGUCACUAUUGAAAACGGCUGGCAUCUUGCAAGAAGAUGAUAUCAGUGACGAUGACCUAUCUAAUUAUGAAGACGACGCGCUUGAUUGUGAUAUCCCGUCUCCGUCAGGUCCACCCUCAAGACUUGCAGCAUCAUUAGCUACCCACUGUGGGGAUCUAGAGGGUACUCCCAUCUUUCGAGCGGAUGAAAGAGACGAUUCACGAUAUUUCGGAAAAUCCUGCUCGCUAUCAAUCCUAUCACGCACGGGGAUAGAGUGGAUCAAAAGCAAAACAGGAGAUGUCAGUUUCUUGCGCGUUGUAUCACCGGAUUCUAUUCAUGAUAACCCGUGGAACCAAUGGCGUCCCGAUGUAUUUCACGACCUCUUCGCUUCGCAGGUCUUCAAGCCCCUGCCGUCCAGGUCAGAGGUGUUUUCAUUGAUGAAGGACUUCUUCCGGACGGCCAAUCUUCUCUUUCCCAUUUACCUCGAGUCAUCAUUCAUGAAAAUGGUCGAAUGGCAAUAUACGCAGCAGACAUGUGAUGAUGCUGCACGUUGGGCUAGUAUCAACAUGGUGGUCUGUUUGGCUUAUGAAUACCGAUAUUCAAGCAGUCACAAGUCAGAAAAGGACAAGGAAAGGGCAGAGUUAUAUUUCAAGAACGCCAUGUCGGUCUUCACAGAGCUGGCACUCAAGCGCACCGAUCUGCUGAGCAUACAGGCAUUAAUUAGCAUGGCGUUCUUUCUCCGUGGAAACUCUGGUACCCAGUCAGCAUUACCACUCAUCACUGCGGCUAUGCGGUCUGGUCAACGCAUGGGUCUCCAUCGGGACAUCGAAAGACCAGAUCUUAGCCCAGAGACACAAGAAGAAAGACGGCGUGUGUUUUGGGUUGCUUUUGUCAUCGACCAAAGUACUUGUUUAAGGAUUGGAAACGCUCCUUCUCAACACCCGGAUGAUUUCGAUGUCCCUCUGCCAGAAGAAAUUGAAAGCGAUAGGCUUGGCACCCCUAAAUCCGAUAUCAGAUUUUUCCGCCAAAUGUGUCGAAUGUCUGUCAUAAAAGGUCGCAUAUACAGCCGAUUGUACUCCGCCAAAGCAUUACUGAGGCCACCACUUGAGAUCUACAAAACUGUCAAAGAGCUACACGCAGAACUCGAAGAAUGGAACCGCGACUGUCCAGCUCCCAGCGAAUACAAAGUGAAAACCAACGAACGCGAUUUUCUAUUCGGGUUUGCUUCUCUUGGUCUGCACUUUGUCUAUUACAAUGCAUUGAUCAUGAUACAUCGGGUGCCCCUCUUUAUUAACUACAUUGUAACAGCCAGGGACGAACCACAUGAACUUCAGUCUCUCAGCAAUGCACAUGCUGCGAAAUCAGGAGCCAUCGGUGCACAGGCUGCACGCGACACUCUGAAACUCAUAAAUAAUAUGCCAUGGGGAGACAUUGCAUGGACCUGGUCGCUGCUAUACUAUAUCUUCCUAGCAGCAACGACAAUUUUCUCUACCAUCUUACGGGAUACUCGAAAUGCUCAGGUUCGAGCAGACCUUCAAUCCCUCAACAUGGCCUCAACCUUCUUCGCAACCCUCACUCCAGGCGGCCAGUCAAACAAUUAUGCCGGAUUCAUGACUCGCAUAAGUGCCACACUGGAACGAAUUGCCAGAGUUGUCGUAGAGAAAGACCAGAGAAAGGCACCUUCCUUCAACCACGAGGGCACAGAACACAACUCCGGGAAGAGAAAACACGACCCCCGAACACGAAAUGCUCAACACUCAAAACAACAUCGACCCACAAACCUCCGAACAAUGACACCCACUACCUCUUCCGCUCCGGCACCAGAUUCCAAACAAAUGAACAUUGGAAUCCCCGACUCUCUCGAAGGCUUCCCUCCCAUCAAUUCAUCUGGCUAUGUGGUGCCCUCUAGCCCAGGCUCAAGCCAAGCCCCAAGCACAGACCAAUCGUUCCGAAACGAAGCACCCAGCUCCGCCUUCCUAGCCCCGAUUCCAGCGUGGCAACUAUCCCAGGAUUUCUCGGCAACAACCCCAAGCACUGCAAUUCAUUCUCCAGACCUCUACAGCGGUAUCACCCCGAUACCGAACUUCUUCCAGACCCCGAUGGAUGACAGUUGGGACUACAGCGGAAAUCUGUUUGCUGGCCUCUUCCCACCUGAACAUAAUUUCCAAGCCCACCCCGCUCAAUCUGAUUCGUAUCCGUCUAUGCCGAUUUUAUCGGCUGAGUCGUUCAUGAACGGUGCACCUGCCGUUGAUGGUAAUACGAUUUAUGGGACCGGAUUGGAUGCCCAGGAUCUGGGUUUCGGAUAUGCGCCUGAGGGCCAAGGGGACGGGUAUCAUGGGUCUGAUUCAGUUUGGUCGAAUGGGUUUUUAGGGCUGUUCUAG